GCUAACCAAUUUCUAAACUUUCUACCGUCCGAUUGAUCAUCACAUCAUCUCUGCUUAAUUAAAUCAAAUCAAACCAAACCAAACAUCAACAACCUCAGAGCAACAGAACACAAAUAUCGUGUCAACCGCACAGAAUACUUACCCUAUCUGCUGGUCCAACGUUGUUGCUUGAUCCAUUGGAUUUUUUUUUUUUUUGUUUUUCGGUUCUCUCUUUCUUUCUCGCUCUCAAGUCUCUGAACCCUAAGACUGACUUUCCCUCCUUCAUUACCCGCCAUGAAAUUACCAGAAACCCACCACCACCUCCAUGAAGCUCAGAAGCUCGCAUCUGCUCUUAUGGAUCAAAUUCCUCAAGUCCAGAGCUUCAAAGGCAAAUGGGCACUCGUCAAAACCAAAAUCGCCACUCUUCCAAAUCAGCUCCGAGUCCUUUCCGACUCGCCAAACUUCUCCACAACUCCACUCGCCUUCGAACUGGUUCAGUCCGUCGCUCAAACACUCUCCGAAACUCUGAUCCUCGUUGCGAAAUGCUUGAAUCCUACCCCUGCUGACGGAAAGCUCAGAACGCAGAGCGACAUUGAUUCGGUCUCGGCGAAGCUCGAUCAGCAUGUGAAAGACAUUGAGCUCUUGAUCAAUUCUCGGGUUCUUCAAGAAAGCAGUAGUCUUGGUGGUGAUUCUGAAUCGGCGAGUUCGAAGCAAGACGCCGUCAGGGUCGAGGCGAGGAACUUGAUAACUCGGUUGCAGAUUGGGAAUUCCGAGUCCAGGAACUCGGCGAUGGACUCGUUGUUGGGUCUGCUUUACGAGGACGAUAAGAGCGUUUUGAUCGCCGUGGAUCAGGGUGUUGUUCCGGUGCUUGUGAAUUUGCUCGACUCGAGCUCCGUGGAGAUUAAGGAGAAAGCGGUGUCUGCAAUUUCAAGGGUUUCGAUUGUGGGUAGUGGCAAGCAUUUACUGGUUGUGGAAGGGGCUUUGCUAAUCACUCAUUUGCUUAGGAUCUUAGAUUCCAGAAAUGGGUUCGCAAGAGAGAAAGCUUGUAUCGCACUUCAAGCUCUCAGCUUUUCUGAGGAAAAUGCCAGAUUGAUAGGUUGCAGAGGUGGGAUUGUUUCCCUUUUGGAGAUUUGCCAAUCUGGGACUCCAUAUUCGCAGGCUUACGCGGCUGGGACUCUGCGAAAUCUUUCUGGGUUUUCUGAAAUUAGUAAAUAUUUUAUUGAGGAGAAUGCAAUUCCAGUGCUGGUUGGGGUUGCCGCUUCAGGGACUUUUAUUGCUCAAGGAAAUGCUAUUGAGUGUCUCAGUAAUCUGGUUUCAAAAGAUGAGAGCUUGAAAUUCAUAAUUGCUCAGGAAGGUGGAAUUCAGUGCUUGAAAAUUUUCUGGGAUGCUGCGCCAAUGGUUCAGAGUCUUGAGGUUGCAAUCGAAUUGUUUACCAAAUUGGCAUCUUGUAGAUCCAUUGGGGAAGCUCUUCUUUGUGAGGGGUUUUUGCCCAAGUUUCGUGGGUUAUUGAAUUGUGGAGUUGCAAAUGUGCGAAUUGCUGCUGCUGGGGCUGUUUACGAGUUGGGUUUUAGCUCAAAAACGAGAAAAGAGAUUGGAGAUGCUGGAAUUAUACCUCCAUUGAUUAGCAUGUUGGAUGCCAAGGCUGUUGAAGAAAAAGAAAUAGCUGCAAAGACAUUGUCUUCCCUUAUGCUUUAUGCGGGCAAUAGGAAAAUUUUUGUCAAGGAGGAGAAGGCCAUAGAGUGUACAGUUCAACUUCUUGAUCAUUCAGAAAAUGAUCUUGACAAGAAGUACUUGAUAUCUAUUCUAUAUUCAAUUGUGAAUUCAACGAGGGCUAGGAAACAAAUUGUAGAUGCUGGGGCUUUAGCUCAUCUGCUGAAACUUAUGGAGGUACAUGUCGAUGGGGCCAAGAAGCUUUAUGAAAGUCUUCGUCGAAAUAACACUUGGAGUGUGUUUGCCAGAAGAAAAUGAGGAUAUUUCUCGGAAGAUAUUUUUAUUAUAGGACAAAGACUGUUGCCUCUGUUUCAGCAAGAGCAUUAAAACCAAGCCUGUUUUUGGUACACUUGGUUUGCCCUAGAUGUUUGGUUUGGUUUGGUUAAUCAAUCUCUCAAAAUGUAUUUGCAGACGACUUGGAAGUUAGAAGGGGCCAGAUGUUUGGUUUGAUUUGGUUAAACAAUCUCUUAAAAUCUUUUUGCCAAUGAUGUAUACCUCAGAAGGGGCUAGAUGGUACCAAUCGUUUACUUGAACACAACUUUCCUGACGUUUGUCUUUGUAAAUUACUUAUUUAAGCACUCUUCUCUUGCUUGUAACCCAUCAUUUAUAGGUGAUAAUUUUGUCUACGCAGUUGUUUGACAGAGAAUAGGAUGUUGAUUGUAGAUGUUGUAGAUUUGUUCCAAACUGCUAUAACUUUGUCUCAUUCAUUCUUGUCCUGGACGCAUUAUGUUUCUUUUAAGUUUUUCAAUAAAAGCAUUUGAAAAUUGUGGCCC